AUGUCUCGUCAAUAUUCUAACCGUCCUUUUAUACCACCUCGCCGUCGUGUAUCACUUCAAAUGUGUGAUUUUGUUACUUAUCCACCAUCACAAACCAAUGAUACAACAUCAGAUAAUUCAUCCUGGCAAUUGACAGAUCCAUUAUCUUGUAUGCAUCAACAAGCAGCAGCAUCUUCUGCUUCUGCUAUUACUACACCUCUUCCAACACAAAAUGAUUUUUCUUAUUUUCAAUAUCCACCUCAUCGACAGACAUUCGAAUCUUCAUCUCAUCCAAUAAAUCGAGAAAUAAUUAAUAAUAAUAAUAUUAAUAAUAAUAAUAAUAAUAAUAAUAAUAAUAAUAAUAAUCAACAUGUUCAUCAUGUAAAUGAAUCUCAACAACCAUGUCAUUUUCAGUAUGUACAACAACCUAUUGAAGAACAACAAAUAGCAAGACCUUUAUUACCAUUAAAUGUUGUUACGGCUGCAGCAGCAACGACGGCUUCAGCUCCGCAUCAUCGUCAUUAUCGUUUAGAAAGUCCAUCUGCUGCUUCAUUUACACGACAUCCACCGUGGUUUGAUGAUGAACGGGAAGAUAAUAAUGGAACAAUGCAACGAUCAUCUCGUAAUAAUAAUCAUACGAAACGACAACGUUCAUCAGCUAUUAGUACAUCUACUUCUCAAUCAUCUCAGUCAUAUCAUCAUCCGGAACGAAAACGUUCGAGACAUGAAGGUAUUAAUGAUGAAAAUGAACGAAUGAAUCAUCGUUCACUAGAGAAUGUAUUACAACCACAACCACAACCACAACCACAACUACAACAACAACAACAACCAAUACAACAACAGUAUCAAUCAUCUAGUCAUCAUCAUUAUCAACCAUAUACAAAUCAUCGACAUGUACAAUCACAACCAACUCCUAUACCUCGUACAUCAUACAUCGAUAAUGUUUCUCCUCUUUCUCGAUCAUUUGAUCAGCGUACACAAGCAAUGCAACGAAAUCGAAUUGAACAUGUACAUGAAAUCAAUAAUACAAAUACCCAUUACGGACUUCAUCAUCGUCCUAUUCAACCACCACUACCACCACCAACUCUACAAUCUCGCAAUAUAUAUCAUCCUCCUGAUCAUCGACAACUUGUACUUGAAACACCACCUGUUGCUUUACCUCGUCGUCAACCAAUUCCUCCUCUUCGUUCUUCUUAUACACAACCACUAAAUCAUCACCAUCAUCAUCAUCAUCAUCAACGAAGUGGAAUCGCAUUCGAACCAGUACCACAACGUGGUCCACUUUUUCAUCGAACGUCAAUGACUACUCAUUUGCAUCAACGACCUUCAACUUCUUUUCUUACUGAUUUACUCCAUCGUGUCAUUGAUGCACAUGCUGCAUCAUACAGUGAUAAUCAUGCUCAUUAUCAUCAUCAUCAUCAUCCACCACCAGCUUCAAUUGAUUUAAUUGCAUAUGCAUGGAUGUCACCUGGUCAUGAUAUUUUUUCAUUACCAGCUGCAUUUAGUAUUCAAUUUGGUGAUUUUUUUGAUCUGACAAUUCCCGAUGAAACACCUGUUGUCGGUCUAACCGAUAGUGAACUUGAACGAUUACCCACAAUAAUCUAUACAAAAUCUUGCACAAAUAUUGAAGCUGACGAUAAAUGUGCUGUAUGUUUAAGUGAAUAUGCAAGUGGUGAAAAACUCAAACGUCUACGAUGUAAACAUUUCUUUCAUAGUGAAUGCAUUGAUCCAUGGCUUAAGACAUCAACUCGAUGUCCAAUUUGCCGUGGUGAACAGACGAAUUAA